AAAUUCUAUGUGAUCCAUUUGGCUCACAUUUGAUUUUGAAGAUUAGGAUAUUUUAAUUUGUGGUAUAUUUAACCAGUACUAUUCUUUAUGUGUUGCUUUUAAAGCAUAAUCUAACAAAUACAUAUUAUUUAAUUAUACAUCACCAUUAUUAUUUGGAGGCACCGCAAACACAAAACAAGAAAAAAGAGAGCAACAUGGCAUCGAGCGAAAAUAAUAGUGAUGAAGGGACGGUAGCUGGAUAUGAGCACAUGAUUCAAAUUGAAUAUUUAAAGGAAAAAUAUCGGGAUGUUGUGUCGAAACUUAAAAAUGUAUCAAAUGAUAAAGAAAGAUUGGAGAGAGAAUAUCAACUGAAUAAAAAGGAAAUGGAGUCGAACAAAGUAGAUUUUUUCAACACAUGUCAUGAAUAUAACAUGCUAAAGCAGAAAUACGAUAACAUACGAUUGCGUUAUGAUGAAUUUGCUAACGAUCCCACUCAUUGCAUACAACUUUGUGAGGAGCUAAAGAAGGAAAGGAAUGGAUAUAGAGAAAAGCUGAAAGCAGCAGAGCAAGAGAUUAAUACGGUGUUAUCUGAAAGAGGAUCAGUUCUAAAAGAAAUUCAAAUAAUGUAUGACAAAAAUGAAUGCUUGCAGCGUGAACUACAAACAGCAGUUCGUUGUCGUGAUGAUUCAUUAAAAAAUUGUGCAGUACUUCAAGAAAAGAUUGAAAUGAUUAAAAGAGGAGGAGAGUUUCACACAAAUGAUAGUAACUGGAAUAGGGAUCGAGCGGAAAAUAAAGAUAAAUAUGAAAUUGUCUUUGAAAAUUUGGAAUCAGCUAAUAGAGAAAUCGAAAGGUUGAAAAAAGCAUUGGAUAAAGCAAAAGUGGAAAUAGCAAAAUCGAUACAGGAAACUGAAAUUGCGAAAGGACGAAGAGAUUGGGCAAUAUCUGAGAGAGAAAAGAUUGUUCAAGAAAGGGAUAGUGUUCGAAACUUGUGCGAUGAAAUUCGUAAAGAACGUGACACAGCCACAUCAAAAUUGUUAGCUGCUACAAGGGAUAAAGAUGAAGCAUACAAAGAAAUAGAACAAUUGACAGAACGAUUAGAUUCACAGAACUUGAUAAAAGAUACUUUAAACAAUAACAACACAACUCCAGGAGAGCUAUCUAGCUCAAUGGAUGAUACUUGUAGUAAUUCAUUAUACAAUACAAUAAGUUUAGACUCCGUAUACGAUUUAGAUACACUUUUACAGUAUGAAACAAAAGUUAUUGAAAUUGAUUCAUCUUUACUAGAGGACAAUACUUCUAAUUGGGGAAUAAUGUUUAGAGAAAAUAUUGAUGAAUACAACGAAACCACUGUUAAGGGCCGCGUAGCAGGGCCAUCUGUUGUAUCUGUUGAGCACACUUCGAUAUUUUUCGACAAGUUAUUACCAAAAGACAUUAUUUUUCAAGUCGAUGGUCUGGAUUGUGCCAAAUUUUCCAAACGAAAACUUUUUAAAGCAAUUAGAUGUAGUCACCCAUCAUGUAUCAUUAUGAUUAAACGACCUGUAAAGCGGCUGCUUCCUGUGCAGAUAAAUUAUUCAAAUGGCAACAAAAAUCACGGACUGCAUUUGGAGAAUGGAAUAUUUAUUUCCAGCAUUGAAUCAAAUUCUCUUGUGGAAAAUGAUGGCAGACUAAGCACAGGUGAUCGAAUUAUUUCGAUAAACGGGAAACCAACAAGUGGAAUGAAAAAUGUAAAUGAGAUCAAUACUAUUAUUAACGACAUGAGACACAAUUGUUUGAGUUUGAUCGUACUCAAAGAUCUGAAUAGAUUUGAUAACGAUCUACGAUAUUUUGAAACAAGGAAUAAAAUAUCGCAUUGCACUACCAGCUACACUCAAACCGAAAAUACAAUGGAGAACAUAGGAAGUGCUCAUAGGGAGACAAUGAAUCAGCUAAGCUUGGAUUUAGAGAAUAAUCAUUUUCUACCAUCUGCAAUGCCUUUCAAUAUUCCAACCACAGCAAGUACUCCGAUUUCAUUUAUAGCCAGUACACCUACGUCCUCCAAGUCAGCAUCAAAAUUGACAGGGAUGUUACAAAAAUUGAAAGAUAAAAUGAAUAUAAGCACACACAAGGAUUGCCAAGAAAAUGAUGCAAUAGCUGCUCUUGAUUCUGUUCUUGAUAGUGAUGAUCAAGAAGCGAACGCUCAAAUGUAUAAUAGGCCUCGUGAAAAGAAAUCCAAGAAGAAGCCUAAGGAUUCUCAAGAAGUACCUAGAGGGACGUGGCCUCGAGUAACAAUGACGAUUCACACAAAUGAUAAUCAUGUGGGCACAGUUUUACAUCGGCCAAAAAGAGAGCGCCCAAGAUUAAGUAUUCCUGUGGUUAAAUUAGAAAGCGCUAAUUACUACAAUCCAAGCAUCCCUUCUGAUGAAUGUGGUCUAAUAACACAACAGAACCAAACAAGUGCUGUUAAAAAAAGGACGUCAAACACUAGUGGCAAUCUUGAUGCAAGUCGAACACUUCAAUCUUCAAAAUAUGGAUAUGAUUUCAAUACUAUGAAACCUGGCAAAUUCUCACAUUCAAGGACAUUCACGUAUGAUGCCCACAAUAAUGGUCAUAUUUCUAACAUAAAUAGACAUAGUCUUCAUCUUUCAUCAUUAAACAAACAGCAGUUGCAACAUCAGCAUACACAACAUUUGAAUACUGCGGAUUUUAUGCCAAGGAAAAGUAAUAAUUCUAUCGAUUCAACAACACUACCAACAAAAAGCCCAACACACUACAUAUCCAACAAUAGAUCGUCCAUGAAAGACCCAUUGGACUGCUAUUUGUCUACAAAGAUAUCGAAGCAUUUAUCGAAGUAUUCCAGUGAUACAGAUAGUAUUGAUAUAGAAAACGUUUCUCUCACCAUGGCAGUACACACCCAUACGCUGCCCCACUCACACUCUAGAAGGCAAUCGAUCAGCAAUACGAGUAACUCAUCCUCGACCAAUAAGGGCAAUUCAACUACUGGAGUAAGUGGAAUGAACUUUCCAAUCCCAUAUAAUUCUUCGGUAUAUUCUCCAAUAUCAACCUAUCAUCAAAGCGCAUGUUCUCCACAAUCUGCUACAGUGCGACCCACCAGUAGCAUCAUACCGUCAACAGAGUUCACAAUUCUGCCACAAGCCACCCAUCAUUCUCAUGGCUCCUCUAUUGAUUAUCCUUUGAAUCGUUAUAGUCAAAUUCAGUCAUCUAAAGAAGAAGUUCCAUCUGGAUUAUUAGGGCACAGCUAUGAAGGAGGUACUUUCCCACGAAAUAAAGUACAUCAAGGAUAUCGAAUCCCUUCAAAUCAAAGUGUCACAAGUCGUGGAAGUGGGAUCAAGAUUAGCAACGGUUCAAUCGAUUAUUGCAGCUCAGGACGCGCAUCACCAACAUUUCAGGUUCAAGUAAUUGAACCAGGACGAAUUCCAAGCACUAGUAAACGCACUUCUCUUCAAGAUUACAAUAUUAGAGGAAAGCCAAAUAUAGGAGAAGUGCGUCGUGUGCAUAUUGAUAAAAGUGAAAUGUCACUUGGUAUCAAAAUUUGUAGUCGGGGUAAUGGAGGUGGUGUAUUUGUUUCAAACGUUGGAGAAAACAGUUUAGCAAGUAAAGUAGGACUUCACAUUGGUGACCGGUUAUUAGAGGUAUGCGGUAUAAAUUUGAGAAAGGCUACAUAUGAUUUGGCUGCAAAUGUAUUAAGACAAUGUGGAAACUCAAUUACAAUGCUAGUGCAGUACAAUCCAGAAAUUUACAGUAAUCUUACCACGAGCGAAGAUAAUAUUAUUCAUUCAAGUUCACCAACACCACAGAAUUCUCCACGUACUAUUGGAAGAGCUAUAAUGUCUUCGGUCAACACGACAACUGUCAACUCUAUAUCUGCUAUUGCGCCAAAAGCUAUAUCAUCGAAUGAUAAUCACCAAUCUCAGCUAUCUAGCUCAUCGCAAAAUAGUCAUUAUAAAGAACAACCACGGUUAAUAUUUAUUGAGACAAGAAAAAGUUCCAAUCUUGGAAUAAGCCUUGUUGGUGGAAAUGCAAAUGGCAUUUUUGUACAUGGAGUUCAAAAAGAUUCUAUAGCCGAUAAUGCUGGUUUACGUAUAGGGGAUCAAAUUUUGGAAUUUAAUGGAACAGAUUUACGUAGAUCGACAGCAGAACAUGCAGCAUUAGAAAUAGCGAAACCUGCAGAUAAUGUAGCUGUUCUCGUUAUGUACAAUGUACAAAAAUUCAAUCAAAUCAAAGAUAAGCCUGGUGAUGCACUCUAUAUUAGAGUAGGAUUCGAUAGAAAUUGUGACCUUGGAGAAUCAGAAUUGCCGUUUAACAAGGAUGAAGUGCUAUAUGUUGAUAACACAAUGUUUGGUGGUGUUCCAGGACGUUGGCGAGCCUGGAAAUUGGACGAAUAUGGCCACAAACUACAAUGUGGUAUCAUUCCAAACAAGCUAAAAGUUGAUGAAGAGCUACGACUGUUUGGUGACAUUCAAGAUGUAGAAGCUACAACUAGACGAGGAUCUACAUCGGCAAGACGAUCUUUCUUCAAACGGAUAAAACCGCAAAGAAGUUCAUCAAGAGAUUCGAAAGAACUGGCUAGCUUUAGUAACACUCACCUUAGCCUAUACAUUGAAACAAGCACUAUAGGUGAAGAUGGCUUUACUAGUUAUCAACGUGUCGAACGACUUGAAUAUAAGUAUCGACCAAUCUUGAUCGUGGGACCAUUAUCUGAGUGUGUAAUUGAAAAACUGUGCAUGGACUUUCCUGAGCAUUUUUGUCGAUCACAAUUGAAUCAAAUGCGCUGUACAAAAGAGGAUAUGGAUAGUGGAGUCCAAAAUAACGCAAUAGCCGACUAUAGGAGAAGGGGAAGCGUAUUUGAAUAUACAACUAUUCAAUCAAUACUUGAAAAUAAGCAACAUCAUUACAUCCUAGACGUUUGCAUAUCAGCAGUCGAUCGUUUGCAGCGAAAUCAAAUUUACCCUAUAGUUCUGUUACUACGUUUCAAAUCGUCGAAACAAAUAAAAGAAAUCAAGGAUUCGCGUUACUCGACCGAUAAAAUCUCAGCUAAAGCGGCGAAGGAAAUGUAUGAACAUGCGUUAAAACUAGAAUCGGAUUUUCGACAGCAUAUCUCAGUUGUGAUAUCUGGGGUAAAUAUUGCUCAUAUGUGUACUCAAAUAAAAGCAGCCGUUGACAGCGAACAAAAGAAGAUUCUCUGGGUACCGGUUACAUCCGUUCCGUAGAAUAAAUGUGCUUAUCUGAUGUUUUGUAUCUUUAUGGAAGUAACACGAAAGGAAUAAACAGUUUGCAUUAUAACCGUA